AUGUUGAAAGCAGAAGAUGUGGAACAUCAGCAACAAGAAGAACAAAAUCUAGGAACAACCAUGGAGGCGAUAACUACGAGAAAUGCAGCAAAUGUUGGCAAUCAAGACCGCGGUGGACCACAAUCACCUUCAUACUCAACACCUGCACCAUCCAGCCCAAAACAGCAAAAACGACGUUUGAAAUUCGAUAUGUCUAGUAAAAUACAAAUAAUUCCGGAUAAUCGUCAAGGACAGCUCAAUACAGCAUUCCUUGCUACUAUUCCGGGCGUCUUGAAAAUUGCCGAAAUUGCUUUAUCGUUUAUAUCAUUCAUCUUGGCAAUAUGUGCAGACCGUAAUGCCACAACUGCAGCUUGGACUGAGAAUAUCUCAUUCGCAGUUACAAUCAUCAUUUCCGGACUGCUAAUCGGCUACGUUUGCUUUCCACAUUUGACGAUUAAGGAUGAACUUACCAGAGAAGGACUCAUCGUCACGGAGCUUAUAUUCUAUGGUACCUCAACCCUACUCUUCUUCAUAGCAGUAUGGCUUAUGGUACAUCUUUCGGCAAGUUGGCUAACUUAUGGACGUGGUUCUGCUAUCAUUGAUGCAAUCAUAUGUGUGGCGUUGACAAUACUCUUCGGUAUCGAAACAUUUGCUAAAUUGAAAGCAUGGAGAGGCGAAAAUGAACCCACAUCCCGAAUCGUGCAAACAGCUAGGCCGACAACCGAACCAGGUCGAUACUUCGAGACAAAUGAGACACUACAAAGGAGUCAGGGAGUUGAAAUGGCAUGA